UUAGUUAUUUUACGUCCAGACGGCGUAUUGAUUAAGCCAUACACGUUAGACGUGUAAUACAAAUAAAUACGUACCUAAUUACGCAUGUGUAACACGCGCGGCGAUUAUAAAACAAAACAGGCGCUCGCCCUUUGUUUACUAAGUGACGCAUGAGGCGUGGGGCAUGAGGCUCGAUGCAAUCUACGGAGCGCAGAGUCGUUUACCUUCCAUGCGACGAGACGGUCGCCAUGUGCGUAGAUGCGUGAGCGCAGCGGCAACGGCGCGAGGCAACGGGCUCGCGCACGCGCAGGAGCAGAGAGGCGGAGCCGGCGGCGGCGCGCGGACGAUGGCGCGCUGGCUGUGGGCGCUGACGCUGCUGGCGGGCGCGCAGGCCUGGCGCCCGCCGGCCCGGCCGCUGCUGCUCUCGCCUGCAGCUCCCGCGCGCGCCACGCGCCACGCGCACUCCAUACACCAUAUGCACCUCUUUGGUUGGCACCUCGAGCUGCAGGAGAACCGCGCCAUCCGCUCGCCUUACUACACCGAGUGUCAGUUCUACACAGGCCGCGUGCUGUACGAGGACUCGUCCUCGGUGACGGUGACGGAGUGCGGUGGGCAGCUGUACGGACUGCUGCAGGUGGGAGGCGAGGAGUUCGUGUUGCAGCCGACCCGGCCGCAGGGCAGGCAGUCUCACGUGCUGCGGCGGCGCGACGUCGUGCUGUCGGAUCCACCUGCCGCUUACAACCUCACCGGUGACACGGUCGCCGACCUCGAGCUUCACUUCGAUGAAGAGCCGCCCUCACCGCCCUCGCCGCACGUGCACGUGCGAAACAGUGACCACUCGGAUGCCGUGGAAGACUUUCACGGUUUGCGCGCGGUGACCCGACCAGUGUCAGGCGUGAAGGGUCUGUGGCUCGAAAUGGCUAUCGUGGCCGACCAUACGAUGUUGAAGUUUCACGGUCAAGAGCGAGUGAAGCAUUACAUUUUAGCUCUAAUGAACAUUGUCAGUGCCAUCUUCAAUGACCCGUCGCUCAAUUCGAACAUAACUCUCGUCAUCAAUAAUUUGUUUAUGUACGAAGAAAAGGAUCCAAUAAUAAAAUAUGGAAACGUGAGAAAGUCAUUAGAAGGUGCAAAUAAAUGGAAUUACAGACAUCUCAUGAAGUUACCUGCAGAUAGUACGGGUUGGGACGCGACUGUGUGGCUGACGCGGGCGCCGCUUGGCGGGCCUUCUGGCUUCGCGUCCGUUGGCGGCAUUUGCACCCGGACGCGCUCUGCCGCCAUCGACAGGGAUGAGGGGCUUACCAGUGCUUUUGUAAUAGCACACGAACUUGGGCACCUCUUGGGUUUAACUCACGACGGCGAAGGACAGUGCCAGUCAGAUUCGGAGAGGGGUUCAGUGAUGGCCCCCACAGUCCUCGCCACGAUGCAUCACUUUUCAUGGUCCUCGUGCUCCAAGGAACAGUUUCAUGAGAAGUCAAAGAAAUGGUGGUGCUUACAUGAGCGAAGUCAAGACGAAGGUGUGGAACUCGGAGGUGCCAAAGAACUUGCCAACUUUCACUUCACAAUGGACGAGCAGUGCCGGACUGAAUUCGGUGAAGGGUUCUCGGUGUGCAAGUCUAUAAAGAUGCGGUCGGUGUGCGCCAAGCUAUGGUGUGCGCACCGCACCGUGCCGCACGUCUGCCGCUCCAAGCGCGCGCCGCCGCUAGAGGGCACUAGAUGCGGAACUAAUAGGUGGUGCGUGGAUCAUGUAUGCGAGCUGAUGCCGGGUCAUGGGGACGAAGUCAAGGUGCACAAGGGAGAGGGACCGGGCACCGCGGAGUGGGGAGAGUGGGGGGCGUGGAGCGAAUGCGGUGCUGACUGCGGUUACGGCAUCCGGACACGCACGCGACGCUGUCGGUACAAAGGGUCUGUCUCUGAGAGCGCUUGCGAAGGCGCCGGGUCCCAAGUGUCGGUGUGCUGGAAAGGAGCCGCGUGCGCGGCCACGCGGGACAUCCGCGCUGACAUGUGCGUGCGCCAAGCCAGCCACUUCAUACCCCACGUGCAUCCAGACGAGUCAAAAAACUGCGAAGCAUGGUGUGUAGAUUACGCCGGAGGGAAACCUUCUAAAUUUGGACAUCUCCCUGAUGGUGCACCCUGCAGCUACCAGAGACCGUUUGAUCUUUGCUCUCAGGGAACAUGUGUUAAAGGACAAUGUAACUCUACGGAUCCAACUUGCAACUGGUGCCCAGAUGGUUAUUGUAACAACAACACACAUAUUUAUACGCGAACACUUGGAAAAGGUUGGACACGUUUAACGGUGAUACCCCACGAGGCCCGCUUGCUGUCAGUACACCUAUCCACACCAGUAGCACUAAACAUCGCGAUCCGGGAACGUAAAAAAAACAGACCGAUCUUGGAGUUAACGAAACAUCAUUCCAGACGAUUUGAACUGGACAAUAAAGAGGAUAAGUACCUGAAGUAUGAUCCCAACGUGCCACAGAACUUGCAGAUAAUAGAAGUUGAUAGCAAUGUGAUAAAUAUCAAAGAAGGCGAGAAGUAUGGAUGGGAAGGGGAAGUUGUGGCGGCAGGGAGCCAGGUGCGGUGGAAGCAAACCGACACCGACAUCUUUAUAACAUCGGAUUCUCGACUACAGACCGAUUUAAUGAUUAUGGCUCUUCCCGAGCGGCCGGUGGAGGAGAAGCUUUCAGUCGAAGUGUCAGUUAACUACAGCACGCCCGCACCUAGAGCGCGACCUAUGGAGUACAGAUGGUCAGGAGAACGUGGGCCGUGCUCGGCAUCGUGCGGCGGCGGUAUGCGUUUGGUACGACAGAGGUGUCCACGCGACCAAAACUGCCCGCCAGCGCGCUACGAACGUUGUAACUCUCACAGUUGUGAAUUCAUGUGGGCGCCGGGCGACUGGGAGGAAUGCAGUGCGACUUGCGGCGCCGAGGGCGUGCAAGAGAGACAACUAUUCUGUGUACCUGCUAACAUUAGUGUAUUAACAAAAAAAGAGCUGAUACGACGUAGUGUAUCGCCGGCGCUGUGCCCGCCGAGCAAGCCGGACAAGCAGCAGCCGUGUAACCGCCUGCCCUGUCCAGCAUACUGGCAGGAGAUGCCCUGGACUCCGUGUUCGGCGACAUGUGGGCGAGGUGUCUCCCAUCAACCUCUGCGGUGUCCAGCGCCAGAUGAGGCGUUGUGUGGACCGAAGCCCCGCGAGCAUCGGCGCCGCUGCAGGGUUCGGCACUGCCCGCCCUCGGAGCGGCCGCACGCGCACUGCCCCGCCACCGACGGCACGCAGUACUGUGAGCUCUUCGCACGAGACCAGCUAGAGAGGAACUGUGUUGUACCGCCCUUUAGAAAGUACUGUUGUAACGCCUGUCGUGCUAUCGAAUCUAACUCGGAUAAUGGCCAUUAGUGUACUGCUUGAUGUACUGACAUGUUUGUAACCGAGACAAGCUCUUCACGAAUUAAAAGUUCGAAUCACAGGGGCGAUGCACCUGACAGGGACAACGGUUGAAAAAUGAUAUGUCCGACGGCAUAGUAAAGUUGUUCGGUUAUCUUGGAACUAAGCUGCAGAUUGCAAAUAUACCACGGAAUUUCUGAUCUUUGAAUAGGACUCUUGGAAUUAAUAGGUAGUAAAAAGUAAGUAAAUUUUGACAAAGAUUUUUUACCAUUCGUAAAUAAGAAAUAAUGAGAUUUAUUUAGAUGAUAUUUGAGACCUAAAUAACUAAUGCUUGAAGCAUCAACCACUAAUUAUGAUAGCUAUCACAAUAUCAUAUUGGUGUUAUUUUAGCACAUAAAAUAAAAAACAAAACUAAGGUACAAAUCUAUGUAAUAUUUUCGCACACGAUUAAAUGGUUUAACGC